AUGUAACAAUUAUAAGAAGAUUACUAAUCAAAUUAAAAUAAGAUAAACAAAAAGUAUUCCUUGAAUAGAAUACUCUCAUGUUUUAGUAAAUUAUUAAUCUUUUUUUGCUAUUUAUUGAUUACAACAAUCCUUUACUCAUUUAUAUUUGACACAGCUAUGUAAUAUCAUUUGGUUUAUUCAAAUACAAUAUUAACUAUUGCAAUUCUCCUCUUAGGAUUAUUAUUUGGUACUAUUAUUUAAGAUUUUAGGCUUUAAUGUAAUACUAAACUACACUUUUGUAAUUUAAGUUUCUCCAGGUACUACAAAUGAUUAUUUUAUCCCUAUUUAAAAUGACACAGAAAAUAAUGAAAAUUAAAUAGAAAAUAAUGCUAAUCCUCAUUUAAAAUAUUUAAGAUUUAAUUAUGCACCAAAAUUAGAGGUUAACACAUCUAGUCCAUCUGCAAUCUUGGAUUAAUCAACUUUAGGAUUUUGCAAUUAGUGUUAAUUACCAAAACCUAAAAGAACCCAUCAUUGCAGUAUAUGUAAUAAAUGUGUAUUAAAAAUGGAUCAUCAUUGUCCUUGGAUAAAUAAUUGUGUUGGCCACUAAAAUCAUAGAUAUUUUGUUCUAUUUCUCACUUAUAUAUUCUUAGGUACAUCCUUCAUUACUUUAUUAAAUUUAAAUAUCAUUAUUUCCACAGAUUUUGAAGAAUUCAAGAAUCAAAGAAGUUCUUUAUUUUCCACUAUAUGGAUAAUCGAACUUGCAUUAAGUUGGUCGAUGGCAUGUUUUGGAGGGUGGAAUUGGUUCUUAGUUCUUAGAGGAUUCACUGCAAUUGAAUUUAUGGACAGAAACAGAAAAACUACCUAUGAGAAAGAAGAAAUAAUAGAAAAUUUAAAAUAAGUUUUUGGUGAUUUCAAAUAUUUAUUUUAAAUUUUCUUGCCUAGCUUUAGACAAUUGCCUUCAAAUGGUAUAAUAUGGAAUUAUUCAGAGAAAAAAUUAGAGAAAAUAAACAUAGCUGUUGAUUGA